GUGAAGAUGAUACUGAAUGAAACGUCCCAAGGAGGUAUGCAUGAAGAGCUCAUCACAGCGGAGAUCUGCCAUCGACCUACGGCGGAACAACUGCUUCAAACGACACGUCGGUGAACCCUAUCUUCCUGAAGUUCGAAGUUACCGAAUACGUCAGACUCAAGCAGAUUGCAAUUUCUCAGAAGAAUCAAUCGAGUAUGUCUUGUUCUCUCUCCUUCCCUCCUUUCGUUUAAAUACGGGAGCUAUGUGAGAGGAUGGAUAGGUGUAAUGACACUUCUGUGUGCUUUUACUUCGAAACCAACCGUAAAGGCAUUCAAAUCCAUUUCUGUACUAUCAUCUGGACAUAUCUUAAAACUGUCAAUGAGCUAAGCAUGUGGUUUCAGCUUUAUGAUCCCAUGAGUUCCAACGACUGCUACCAUCUACUUGUCCUCCGAGUGUUUAUCCAGCGUGCGUGCCGUUCAAACAAUUUCUGCCUCGAGAUGAAUUUUACCCGGGUAUAAAAAGUCACUAUGGGCUGUAUUGGGCUUAUAAAUCAGCUGGAUGAAGCUUAUAACAAAGCUCUUAAUGAUACAAUAGCAGCUGCUCGGCUUUUAUAUCUUAGCAGAACCUUCUCCAUCUUCAACAACUACGCUGCGAACUUGGAAACUUUGACAAAUCCAUCUCUUUACGGAUUCAACCAGCUUUGACCAAGCGCGCCUGAUGCGGAGAGCCUGGACUUUGGGACCCUCAACUACAACCCGCUCGUUACUUGUGGUAAUGCAGGGUCCGCCUAGUGUGCAAACCCUCAUCAGUUAAUCACCUCAUCCUUUUUACAUAUUCAGAAACAUCCAGUCUACAAUUAUAUAAGAUUUGUGAUGGCUCACUUGAAUCCAGCACUAGAAUGCACACUUUAGACAAAAAAAUUUUCAUCGACAUUAUCAAUUAGAUCGAACAUAUAAUGAAUAGCUUUUCUGGUUCAGAUAACAUCACGGUUAUAACAAAGGGAGGGUUUAGAAACACAAGCGUUCAAAGUUGGAUCAUGGUGAUUCUAUGAGCACGUACUAUGCACCAGAGUGUCUCGAACCUAGGUCCGUCCCUCGUUCACGGAAUCAAUGAUUAGUCACUGAACAUCUUGGUGAGAAAUCUUUGCUACGAUCGGCGUAAUCCAUAAUGACGGUCAAAGUGAGCGUCCAUUUCCAACAUGGACACGUAAUUUUCUCAUAUACAUUAGAAAUAUAUCACAUGGAGAGUCACCACGAGCUGCGCACGGACAUUCUUUAUGGUUUUGUAAUUGAAAAGCAACUGCAAUGGAUUUACUUGCGCAAGUUGAUUGAAUCAUCUUGUAUGGUCUAUUCCAGACCAUGGAAUAGCCUUGACUCGC